AUGAAGUGGGACCACGACUCCGAUUCUGAAGAUAUUGUGAUGGCCGAUGAAUCUAUUGAGGAGCUGACGACGGUCCCGGCGACCUUGAAACAGCACUCAGUGGCCCUUUGCGAGUCGGCGACAUCUUACGAAGCCGAAACGGUGGACAGCUCUUGUUCAAGCAGCGUGAAGGUCUCACAUACGGCAGUCGAGACGGAUAUUCCGCUAGAGAAUACCCCACCUUCCUCAAGAUCGUCGUCGAUUUCAUCUAUCGACGAGCCCCUUACGCCGACAUCCGAAUUUGGGAGCGGAGCGAGCAAGACCGGCGAUGCCCAAGCCCCUAAGUCAUCUUUGCACGACAAGGAGAGCGGCUACCCGUACAGUCGUUCUGCCCCAUGGUCGUACUCGUCGUCCUAUUCGGCGUCCAAUUUAUCCAUGUCGAGCCUCAUCCAAUCGAAAGAGUCCGUGUACGCUGCGGUGCCUGUUUCGUCCGAGCUGUACAUCAUUCCCAAGUCGAGCAGUGGAUUCUAUUGGAAUGGAGACCUUUUUCUGAAGCCGCAUCAGCGUCGUAGCCUGGGCGUUGACCAUAUGUUCAACAGCGUGGCGCCGCAACAUUAUGGCUUCCAUGACAACAGCAACAGCAUUGGCAGUGGCAGUCAUGUUAAUGGACAGCAGCAGAACCAUCACCCCCACAGUCAAGACACGGCUGUUAUCGUUCACGACAUCUUGCUGACCGAUGUGGAGACCGCAAGAAUCCUGCCGUCGUGGCCUUAA